AUGAGGAAGGUGUCCAGGCAGUUUAUUGUUCAAAGUAGAAUACUUGUCAGAGAGGAGACACUGCUAAUACAUGUUUAUGGAGACAGACAUGGCACAGAACAACCAGGAAAACAAGCCCUAAACCCAUUUAUUCCUGAUCUUGUUUCAACCUUCCUUAUGAACCAUGUUCUUGCACACAAAUCACAUAGUUCAGUUCCAUCAUCUUUAAAACUCAGUUCUCAUGAUAUUUCAGCAGUUACCUGGCAGGUGAUACACCCACUGCCUGGAAUGAUCCUGUUUAUCCACAUGCCUGAUUUCUGUGCAUCCUUAAAAUUCAGCCCAGAUGACACCUCCUCUGUUGAAAUACUCUCAGAGUCUUUCAGGUGGAAGCCAGAUGUGGACAGCCUUGAUGAAUUAGGUACAGUUUACAGCAGCAUUGGCCGGCAACUGAACGAGACAAUGAGGCGCCGCAGACAUGCGGGAGAAAACGAUUACAACAUCGAGGUGCUUCUAGGAGUGGAUGACUCUGUGGUCCGUUUCCAUGGCAAAGAGCAUGUCCAGAACUACCUUCUCACCCUGAUGAACAUUGUGAAUGAAAUUUACCAUGAUGAGUCCCUUGGAGUGCACAUAAACGUGGUCCUGGUGCGCAUGAUAAUGCUUGGUUAUGCAAAGUCCAUCAGCCUCAUAGAAAGGGGAAAUCCAUCCAGGAGCUUGGAGAAUGUGUGCCGCUGGGCUUGCCAACAACAAAAACCUGAUCCCAACCACUCUGAACACCAUGAUCAUGCAAUUUUCUUAACCAGGCAAGACUUUGGGCCUGCUGGAAUGCAAGGAUAUGCUCCGGUCACAGGCAUGUGUCAUCCAGUGAGAAGCUGCACCCUGAAUCACGAGGAUGGAUUUUCAUCUGCUUUUGUAGUAGCCCAUGAAACUGGCCAUGUGUUGGGAAUGGAGCAUGACGGGCAAGGCAACAGGUGUGGUGACGAGACUGCCAUGGGAAGUGUCAUGGCUCCCCUAGUACAAGCUGCCUUCCAUCGCUACCAUUGGUCCAGAUGCAGUGGUCAGGAAUUGAAAAGAUACAUCCAUUCCUAUGACUGUCUCCUUGAUGAUCCUUUUGAACAUGAUUGGCCCAAACUCCCAGAACUUCCUGGAAUAAAUUACUCCAUGGAUGAGCAAUGCCGUUUUGAUUUUGGUGUUGGCUACAAAAUGUGCACUGCGUUUCGAACUUUCGACCCAUGUAAACAGCUGUGGUGCAGCCAUCCUGAUAACCCAUACUUCUGUAAGACUAAAAAGGGCCCACCACUUGAUGGGACUGAAUGUGCUGCCGGAAAGUGGUGCUAUAAGGGGCAUUGCAUGUGGAAGAAUGCUAAUCAACAAAAACAAGAUGGCAAUUGGGGAUCAUGGACCAAAUUUGGCUCCUGUUCCCGGACAUGUGGAACUGGUGUUCGUUUUAGGACACGCCAGUGCAAUAAUCCUACGCCCAUCAAUGGUGGUCUGGACUGUCCUGGUGUUAAUUUUGAGUACCAGCUCUGUAAUACAGAAGAAUGCCAGAAGCACUUUGAGGACUUCAGGGCCCAGCAGUGCCAGCAGCGUAACUCCCACUUUGAAUACCAGAAUACCAAACACCAUUGGUUGCCACAUGAACAUCCAGAUGCUAAGAAAAGAUGCCACCUUUACUGUCAGUCCAAAGAGACUGGGGAUGUUGCUUACAUGAAACAGCUGGUGCAUGAUGGGACACGUUGUUCCUACAAAGAUCCAUACAGCAUAUGUGUUCGAGGAGAGUGUGUGAAAGUGGGCUGCGAUAAAGAAAUUGGUUCCAACAAGGUUGAGGAUAAAUGUGGGGUCUGUGGAGGAGACAAUUCCCACUGUCGAACUGUGAAGGGGACGUUUAUCAGAACACCAAGGAAACUUGGGUACCUUAAGAUGUUUGAUAUACCCCCUGGGGCUAGACAUGUGUUGAUCCAAGAAGACGAGGCUUCUCCUCAUGUUCUUGCUAUUAAGAAUCAAGCUACAGGUCACUACAUUUUAAAUGGCAAAGGGGAGGAAGCCAAAUCACGGACCUUCAUAGAUCUUGGUGUGGAGUGGGAUUAUAACAUUGAAGAUGACAUUGAAACUCUUCACACUGAUGGGCCCUUACAUGACCCCGUUAUUGUUCUGAUCAUACCUCAAGAGAAUGACACACGCUCCAGCCUGACAUAUAAGUACAUCAUUCAUGAAGACUCCGUACCAACAAUCAACAGCAACAAUGUCAUCCAGGAGGAGCUGGACACCUUUGAGUGGGCUUUGAAGAGUUGGUCUCAGUGCUCCAAACCCUGUGGUGGAGGUUUUCAGUAUACAAAAUAUGGAUGCCGUAGGAAGAGCGAUAAUAAAAUGGUUCACCGCAGCUUCUGUGAGGUCAAUAAAAAGCCGAAACCUAUCAGACGCAUGUGCAACAUUCAGGAAUGUACACACCCGCUAUGGGUAGCAGAAGAAUGGGAACACUGUACCAAAACCUGUGGCAGCUCAGGCUUCCAGCUCCGCACUGUGCGUUGCCUACAGCCACUCCAUGAUGGCACCAACCGCUCUGUGCACAGCAAGUACUGCAUGGGUGACCGUCCUGAGAGCCGCCGGCCUUGUAACAGAGUGUCAUGCCCAGCCCAGUGGAAAACAGGGCCCUGGAAUGAGUGUUCGGUGACCUGUGGUGAAGGAACAGAGGUGAGACAGGUCCUCUGCAGGGCUGGAGAUGACUGUGAUGGUGAAAAGCCCGAGUCCACCAGAGCCUGCCAGCUGCCUCCCUGUAAUGAUGAGCCAUGCUUGGGAGACAAGUCCAUAUUCUGUCAAAUGGAGGUGCUCGCACGGUACUGCUCAAUCCCAGGUUAUAACAAGUUGUGUUGUGAGUCAUGUAGCAAGCGCAGUAGCACCCUGCCACCACCGUACCUUCAAGAUGCUGCUGAAAUCCAUGGUGAUGCUAUCUUUGACCCUAGUGACCUGCCUAGGUCUCUAGUGAUGCCUACACCUUUCCUUCCUUACUACUCAGAGACUCCUGCUGAGAAGAAAUCUUUGAGUAGCUUCUCUUCUGUGACAAGUCCUAACACACAUGCUGCUUUCAGAGCCAACAGUAGAACUGCCAGUACUGACUUCUCCCAGAGGAGAGAACAGCAGGCUGGUAGGAAGACAAUAGUCUCAAUACCACUGUCCUCAUCCAGGAAGAGUGGUCACCUCCACUCUGCCUCACCCAUGGCUGCUGCCCCCUCCCUUGCAAUCGGUGAUUCAAUAGGUGCUUCUUCUCAGGCAAGAACCUCAAAGAAAGAUGGAAAGAUUAUUAACAAUAGACAUCCAAUAAGGUCAUCUACCUUAGAGAGAUGAGAACAUGGAUCUGCCAAGCUAAAAAUCAAAGAGAACCCUGGACAACCUCCCUCCCUGCAUGGUGCAUACAGCCUGUUGAAAGUGGAACUCUCCACACAGUUUACUCGUGUCCUCUGUAAGUGGAAGAACAGAAAGUGCUGGUUCACUUUUUAGUUGCUUUUAUCUUCCUUUUGUUCUGCAUCGAUUUGUUUACCAGGAUCCAUUGGAAGAAAGCACCAAAGACUGUUAUCAGAAGGAAAGACUCCAGGUAUGGCGGCUCAUGCCUGUAAUCCCAGCACUUGGGAGGCUGAGGCCAGAGGAUUGCAAUGCGUUCCAGGCCAACUGGAAGUCCUCUUUCAAAAAAAAUAAAAAUAAAAAGAAGAAGAAAAAAGAAAGAAAAAGAAAAUAAAGGGAACAGAAAGCAGCUAAACGUGUUUUAUUAUAUAAGGAAGGAAAGACUGGAACCAAUUGUGCAUAUCAGCUGAUUUUUUUGUUUUAAAAAAGUUACAGUAAAAUUUAUAAGAACAGAUGCCAGUGGUUUACGCUUCAAAAAAUUUUGGAAAUGAGGAAAAUAAUUCUUAGACUUGUAUUCCUAUUUAUCUAUAUUAGAAAUAUUGUAUGAGCAAAUUUGCAGCUGUUGUGUAAAUACUGUACAUUGCAGAAAUCAGUAUUAUUUUGAGAUGUUCUCAAAUGAUUGUUUACUAUCUUACAUUUCUGGGUGUUCUGGGUGCCUGUCAUUGAGUAUUGCCUUACAUGACAUUCUAUGAGUCGAUUUUCAAUGCAGAAUAUUAUGAAGAAGUUAGAAUUACAGCUACUGAUGAUACUAAAGGGUUUGCUAUGUUUUUUGUGUCAAAACUUCAGAUGUACAGGUGAUAUGUUUUAUCUAAUGCCAUCUCUCCUUACAGUGAUAAGAAUAGGACUGGUGUCUUAGUGUAUUUGUGCACACAGGAUGCAGUGAAUGAGAUUAUGUAAGACAAAGCCCAGCCCUCCUGCCAUCACUUUGGAGGCCAUCAUUGAGAUGCCCUUGAUUCUUGUGUUAUGUUUUCAUUGUUGAUGUACAGUUAUACUUGAUGUACUGUGAUAAUCACAAAAGUGUUUUGUAUGUUCAUUUGUAGCUGAGAAAAGUGUCAGCAGACAGAAUUGACACUUGAGUGUAAUAGUGCUUUGAAAGAAGAUUCAAGAAGGUGUUUUUAAAAUGGUUAAGAUAUUUAUUUUCUGCAUGGUUCAUAUCCAAAUGUUCACAACCACAGUGCAUCUGACUGCAAUAAUGUGCUAAUAAUUUAUGUCAGUGAUCACCUUUCUCACAGUAAAGUCAGAAAUACUCCCUUCAGGGAGUGGAUGUAAAAUACUUGUACAUAGAAUGAAGAUUUGAAGAUAUUUAUUAAAAGUUGAUUUUUUUCUUUAUAGAAUUUUUAUGUCCUUGAUAUUUACACUAAUAUCAAUGACAUUGUAGUAAACUAGAGAGAAGUACAUGCUAUGUUCUAUGCAGAAAGGAGAAAUUUAAGCCAACCACACAGCCAACCCAAUUGUAUUUUUUUUUUAAUUUGAGCAGUACUUGGGAUUAAACCCAGGACUACUCACAUGCUAGAUUAGCACUCUAUCACUGAGCUAUGGUCCCAGCCUUUUAUGUAUUUUGAGACAAGAUCUCCCUAAAUUGCCCAGGCAGACAAUGGAUUUUGUAAUCCAUCUGUCACAACCUCCCAAAAAGUGUGAUUACAGCCCCCCCCCUUUGUGAAAUACUUGCAUUUUUAAAGUAGUUGAUGAUUUGUUCCCUUCAAGAAAUCAUCAAAUAGUUAGAAAUUCAGAUAGCUGUUUAUGAAACAGUGAAUGAGAAACAUCUUCAAAGCUUGAAGUGGUGCACACCUGUAAUCCCAGUAUUGAGAAGGUUGAGGCUGCCAGGCGUGGUGGUGCACCCCUUUAAUCCCAGCACUCAGGAGGUGGACAGACCUCUGCAAGUCUGAGGCGAACCUGGGCUACAUAGUAAGAUCUUGUCUAAAAAAAAUAAGAUGAUGGUAAGAAAAAGAAGACUGAGGCAGGAGGAUUGCCAUGAGUUUGAGGCCAGCCUGGGUUAUAUAGCAAGACCCUAUUUUAAAAACAAAACAAUAAAACAUGUUUUAAGUAUAUGAAAGAUAAGUUCUUCAUGAACUGAAAAGUGUUAUCAGCAUGCUUUUGAGGUAAUUUUCUACAAAUAUCUAGAAAUACCUUAUACAAACUAAACUAGGGAUGUGUUAACCUUUCAAAGCACAGAAUGUGGAAGGACUUUUGUGUUUUAAUCAUUGUAAACUAACAGCCUAAGCUAUUGACUCAAUACCUCUAAAGAAUUGCUGCUAUUUUGUGCAAGAGUUUUAAAUGUCAAAUUAGAUGAAUUCCAGAUAGUAAAACAAUCCUCAGGCCUUAAAUAUAUUUCUUUUUUUCUUAAAAAUUUCACCAGAACAAAAUUCUCUCUAGUUUACUUGGGUGUCCAUGCAUCUGCCUACAGGGAAUAUGAAGAUGGUCACACACAUACGCCUCCUGUAAGAUGUACAUAUCCUUAUACUUUUUACCUAUGUGCUUUCUUUUCUACUAAACUAAAAAUUCCUUUUUAUCAAAGUGUACACUACUGAUGCUGUUUGUUGUAUCGGGAACAUAUAGCAAUAAAAAGGUUA